GAAAGAAGUCCACCCUUCACCUGGUCCUUCGUCUCCGAGGUGGAAUGCAGAUCUUCGUGAAGACCCUGACCAGUAAGACCAUCACCCUCGAGGUGGAGCCCAGUGAUACCAUUGAGAACGUCAAGGCGAAGAUCCAGGACAAGGAAGGCAUCCCUCCUGACCAGCAGAGGUUGAUCUUUGCCGGAAAGCAGCUGGAAGAUGGGCGCACCCUGUCUGAUUACAACAUCCAGAAAGAGUCCACCCUUCACCUGGUCCUCCGUCUCCGAGGUGGAAUGCAGAUCUUCGUGAAGACCCUGACCGGUAAGACCAUCACCCUCGAGGUGGAGCCCAGUGACACCAUUGAGAACGUCAAGGCAAAGAUCCAAGACAAGGAAGGCAUCCCUCCUGACCAGCAGAGGUUGAUUUUUGCUGGAAAGCAGCUGGAAGAUGGGCGCACCCUGUCUGACUACAACAUCCAGAAAGAGUCCACUCUACACCUUGUCCUCCGUCUCAGAGGUGGGAUGCAGAUCUUCGUGAAGACACUGACCGGUAAGACCAUUACCCUUGAGGUGGAGCCCAGUGACACCAUUGAGAACGUCAAGGCAAAGAUCCAGGACAAGGAAGGCAUCCCUCCUGACCAGCAGAGAUUGAUUUUUGCUGGGAAACAGCUGGAAGAUGGGCGCACCCUGUCUGACUACAACAUCCAGAAAGAGUCCACCCUUCACCUGGUUCUCCGUCUCCGAGGUGGAAUGCAGAUCUUCGUGAACACCCUGACCGGUAAGACCAUCACUCUUGAGGUGGAGCCCAGUGACACCAUUGAGAAUGUCAAGGCCAAGAUCCAAGACAAGGAAGGCAUCCCUCCUGACCAGCAGAGAUUGAUCUUUGCUGGGAAACAGCUGGAAGAUGGGCGCACCCUAUCUGACUACAACAUCCAGAAGGAGUCCACUCUGCACUUGGUCCUGCGCUUGAGGGGGGGUGUCUAAGUUUCCCUCCCCUAUAAGGUUUCAACAAAUCUCAUUGCACUUUUCUUUCAAUAAAGUUGUUGCAUUCCCAAAAAAAAAAAAAAAAAAAAA